GACAGAAGCUGAAGCAACCUUAACCAUUUGAUUUCCCUCUUCUUUGUUCUCCAUACUUAUGGUCCACAGCAAUAUACACACUCCUCUCAAGCUCCCACCGUUAUCCCAACCCCAUCUUCCUCUUCCCACGCGCUUCACCACCAUGCCUCUUCUACUCGCUCGCACACCACCAUCUUCACUUCCUCCAAUCCUUCACCACCACUACAACAACAACAACCACCACCUUCUAAUCGCACCUUCUCAGAAGCGCUUCCCUCUCAUUGCAGGGCCAAUUCUUCUUCCCCGGCGCAUUCUAGCAUCAUCGCCUCUCAAGUGCGCCUCCAUCAACGGAGUCCCCAUUCUUAACAAUCCCGAAGCUUCCACAGAACAAGUCCACGCCGGCGAGUUACUUCAGAGGAUUCGCAAAUGGCUCGACUUUUUACCGUUGAUACUUCCCGGCGGGCGGUGGUGGGACUUCUCUGACGACGUUGACGUUCAGCUGGUGGCGCAGCCGGUGACCGUGUGGCGCGCGCUAGGCAAAAUGUGGGAGCUUGUCGCGCGUGACAGAUGGGUGAUCAUCGCUGCUUUCUCUGCUCUCAUUGUUGCUGCUGUUUCGGAGAUUUCUAUUCCGCAUUUCUUGACGGCGUCCAUUUUCUCGGCACAAAGUGCGGACCUUGCUGUUUUUCAUCGGAAUGUACGCUUGUUGGUUCUGUUGUGCGUGACUUCGGGAAUAUGCAGUGGGAUACGAGGUUGCUGUUUUGGCAUUGCAAACAUGAUUCUGGUUAAGAGGAUGAGAGAAACGCUAUACUCUUCUCUUCUACUGCAGGACAUAUCGUUUUUUGACAAUGAAACGGUAGGUGAUUUGACAAGUAGGCUUGGGGCUGAUUGUCAACAAGUGUCAAGAGUUAUUGGAAAUGAUCUUAACUUGAUAUUGCGCAACUUUCUUCAGGGUGGAGGUUCAUUAAUCUACUUGUUGAUUUUAUCUUGGCCACUUGGUUUAUGUACAUUGGUGAUUUGCUCCAUAUUAGCAGCAGUCAUGUUACGCUAUGGAAGUUACCAGAAAAAGGCAGCAAGGUUGAUCCAAGAAGUCACUGCUUCGGCAAAUGAUGUAGCUCAAGAGACAUUCUCUCUUAUUAGAACUGUACGAGUUUAUGGAACAGAAGAAGAAGAAUAUGGAAGGUAUAAUUGGUGGCUAGGGAAAUUAGCUGACAUCAGCUUGCGACAAAGUGCUGCUUAUGGAGUUUGGAAUUUUAACUUUAAUAUCCUUUAUCAUUCAACUCAGGUUAUUGCUGUGCUAUUUGGAGGAAUGUCUAUUCUAGGGGGUCAUAUCACAGCUGAGAAACUUACCAAGUUUAUUCUAUACAGUGAAUGGUUAAUCUACUCUACCUGGUGGGUGGGAGACAAUAUAUCCAAUUUGAUGCAAUCAGUUGGGGCUAGUGAAAAAGUAUUCCAUUUAAUGGAUCUCUCCCCUAGCAGCCAAUUCACAGAAAAAGGUAUAAAGUUGCAGAGGUUAAUGGGGUGUAUUGAGUUUCUAAAUGUAUCUUUUCACUAUCCUUCGAGGCCAACGGUAUCUGUAGUGCAACAUGUUAGCUUUGCUGUCCAUCCUGGUGAGGUGGUUGCAAUAGUUGGACUUAGUGGUAGUGGAAAAAGCACAUUGGUGAAUCUUUUGCUCCGUCUCUAUGAGCCUACGAAUGGUCAGAUUUUGGUAGAUGACAUCCCUAUUCAAGACUUGGACAUCAUGUGGUGGAGAGAGAGAAUUGGAUUUGUGGGCCAGGAACCCAAACUCUUCCGGAUGGAUAUUAGUUCAAACAUUAGAUAUGGAUGUAGAGAUGUAAAGCAGGAGGAUAUUGAAUGGGCUGCAAAGCAAGCCUAUGCUCAUGACUUUAUCUCAGCACUUCCCAAUGGUUAUGGGACACUUGUUGAUGAUGAUCUGUUAAGUGGAGGACAAAAGCAGCGAAUUGCUAUUGCUAGGGCCCUUCUUAGGGACCCAAAAAUAUUGAUCCUUGAUGAAGCCACCAGUGCACUUGAUGCUGAAAGUGAGCAUAAUGUCAAGGGUGUUCUUCGGUCUGUGAGAAGUGAUUCUGCAACCAGAAGUGUCAUAGUCAUCGCACACAGGCUUUCUACCAUACAAGCAGCUGACAGGAUUGUGGUGAUGGAUGGUGGUCAAAUUGUUGAGAUUGGAAGUCACAGGGAUCUUCUCUUAAGAGAUGGUUUAUAUGCACGGUUAACUAGGAAACAGGCUGAUGCCAUGGCAUGAUUUGGGUUUCAAAAGCAGAUAUUCUAUUUUUCAUCAGCCUUCAUUUUAGAGGCAGUACAGUGAGGCAGCAACUAUUUUUUUCCUUGUUGCUGAUCAAUGUAUUUAUAGUACCAUACAAGAAAAUUGGAAAAGUUCAGCAAAGAGGGAAGCUGCACAGAAGUUUUGAUUUAAAAUGCAUAGCGGCUUCAGAAAGAUUUCACUCUAUCAGGUUCCAAGGCAGAUUCAAAAGCAAACGUAACUAAGUUACUGGCCGUAUUCAUAGUCAAGAUGCUGAGAAGCGUCAGAUGAUACUGCCAAUAACCAUAUAGAUUGUUCAUUUUAUACAUGUAGUUUAAAUUUUAACUCUUGAUGAUGUUUUAUUUAAAAUACCACCUGCCCCUGUUUCAUGACACUUUGUACUCAUAAUAUUG